GGUUUACCGUUGUUCCCGGACACAUUUCGCCGCCGGACCGCUGAAAAAACGUGUUGUAAACAAAUGUCCGCGCUGUGAAUUAUCAAACGGGUUACAAAUUAAAGUCACUUAAUUUAAGCUGAAGUGGCCAAACGAGAAACCAUGAAGACGAAACAGAAGUCGAGUGAGGACACUGUGGACUAUGAGGUCGGCCUGGUCUCUGGGAGUCUCUCAAAGUCCAGGUCUAGUCCUGGAUCCAGUUCUGGGUCUGGUUCUCUGUCGGCUCUGUUUACCACCCCAGCCUUCUCAUUUGCAUUAUUCCAACCCGCUCCGGAGAUUGUAAGGAGCGCUGAACCCACGGAAAAACCAAAAGACCCAAAAGUUCAGGCCCAGAAGAAGAAAGUCAUAAAGACUCCAGAGGCCGAGACCAGAGUCCAGACCAGGGAGCAGGCUUUGCAAGCGGGUGAUGAGACUGACCAGACUUUGGUCAGACGCAGGAAGAGGAGGGCGCCUGGAGCUGAGGAGGACAAUGGACCUGAGUUCUGGGUCAAACGUCGACAAAAACUCAAAGAGAACAAACAGAAGGAGAAGGAGAGAGAGAAGAGGACUGUGUUUGUGGGCAACCUGCCACUGUCCUCCACCAAGAAGACUCUGCGGACACUGUUCAAAGACAAAGGGGCCAUCGAGUCAAUCCGGUUUAGGUCUCUGGUCAGAGAAGACCCCAGUAUGUCCCGCAGAGUUGCAGCCAUCAUGAGGAAGGCCCACCCGCAGAAGCAGAGCAUAAAUGCUUACGUUGUUUUCAAAGAUGAGGAGAGCGCUGCCAGUGCCCUCGACAGGAAUGGGCAGGAGCUAGAGCCAGACCUGUUCAUCCGUGUGGACCGGGUCUCAGCCUUGGAUUCGCAUGAUCACAAACGCUCCGUCUUCAUUGGGAACCUGCCUUUUGACCUGAAGGAGUCGUCACUGCGCAGACACUUUGAGGACUGUGGUUCUGUGAUGGGAGUCCGUCUGAUCCGAGACCCUCAGACCGGACUCGGGAAAGGCUUUGGAUACCUGCUCUUCCAGAGUGUGGACAGUGUGCAGUUGGCUCUUAAACUGGACGGCUCUAAACUGGAAGGACGUUCCAUUCGAGUCAAGAGAUCUGUGCAACCGGAAAAACUCCAAAAACACAGCCCCAAAAGUCCAAAGAACAGGAAGGACCGGGAGAGAAGCCAAGCGCACCCCAGAAAACAGGCCAGAUCUGGGACUAAACCUGGGACUAAACCGGGGACUAAACCGGGACAGUUCAGAGGAGAGAUGGCUGAUCCAAGCAAGAAGAAAAAAAAGAAAUUAAACAAGAAGAAAGCAAAGGGGAAAAAGGUUAAAGUACAAUGAAGACGUCUGAGUCUGGACUAACUCUGGACCCACUCAUUAGGGACUAAAAAACUUGACUUUUCAGAACUUUUAACCAUGUUAUAGUCAUUUCCUCUUCAUUGACCCUCUAACGUGAUACUUGGAGCAAUUUGCGCAUGUCAAGAUGCUAUUUAGCCGAUCUACCCCCAUUUUCACUGUCAUCAGUACAUGUCUACUGUCUAGAAUGUCACUUUCGUACAAAUGAAAAAAAAAAGGGGUCAGGAUCCGAACAUCUUGUGUGAGGCAUCGGUCAUGUAAACAAGGUCAUCCUCAUCUUGAUGCUCUUUAUAAACCUGACAAUACAAAAUUACAAAUCAAACUACUCUGGGAGUAAACCUGAUGCACUGGGGAGGGCAUCUGAUGCAUAGGGAUACAGGAGUUUUUGAGGACAUUUUUCCCCAUUCAAAAGAUUCAUUUUGUUUUAAAUUGUUAAUCACUAUGGCAACAGUCCUAAUUUCUCAUUCCUCUGGAACCUAUGGAUGGGAGGGCCCUCUGUGAUAAAAUAUCUUUCUAAACCAACAAAAAUGUGAUUCCUGGAGAGUAGGAACUAGUACAGCUCUCACAAUGUCAAAAUGAACUUGACAAAAUGUGUAGACGGAGAGCUCAAGGGCCAUAUGUGAUCCAGAUUAAGGUGGAUGGAAGAGGGGGUACAAUGCACAUUUUGCAUGUGUUUUAGUCUAGAAAAAUUAUUCAAGACCAAGUCAUUUAUGAUCAGAAGGUUAUAGCUUCAUAAUGUACAGAGUUCUAUAGUAAUCUUUAUUCUAGUAAAUUUUAUGAAGAACAUAUAGCUCAAAUGUUACAAUCUAUAAAAUGAUCAAACUAUGCCCAAUUUAACAAAAGCAAUAUGAUGGCUGUAUAACAAUGACAGAAAUUCAGGAUGCAAUCAUGAAUCUAAAUGUAACAAAUCGCCAGGGAAUGAUGUGUUAUCUGCAAAACUUACUAAAACGUCUAGUGAAAAUCCCCCUUUCUCUUUGGACGUUUUACAGAAAGUAUUGAUAAAGUAGAGUUUCCUCCAACAUUACCCAGGGAAUAACAACUCACUUUCCCAAACCAAAAAAAUAUUUACUCCUACUUGAUAAUUGGCUGGACUAAACAAUGAUUAUGAAAUACUAGCCAACAUACUUGCUAACCAAAAAAAAAACAUUGCCAUAUGCAUAUGUGGUGGAGGAGUUCUAGUCUGGUUUUAUGAGUCAAUGAUCUCAUUGUAAACUCAUCAAACUUAUAGAUGGUGACACAUGGUUAUAUUUUAUUCUAGCAUUUCACAUCCUGGAAUAUCAAUUAAUUUACCAGUCACUGCGCAAAUGUGACUCGGAAGUUUUUUUCAUAAAGGCAGUCUAAAUCCUUUCCUGUAACGGCAACUCCUCCAUUGAGAUCAAAUAUGGCAUCACCCCUUCCUUUGAAGUGCUGCAUGGAUGCAUUAAUGUAACCACAUGAAAAAUCAAUCAAUAAAAUGCUGUACAACCUCAUCC